AUGAAGAAUAACAGAGUACGGAAUCUCAUCUGGUUUUCUGUGACAAUAUUUAUAGAUUUUUUUCAAAUUGAGGCAGUGGAGACUACUUCUUGUUGGUUUGAUAGGAUUGAGUGUGAUUGUUUUUUAUACGAAAAUGGAAUUCGUGUGAAUUGUUCACAACGGAAUCUUACUGUUAUACCAUAUAUGAAUGACAGCAUCACGUUGUUACGUGACAACAAGAUAAGAAGUAUUGAGUCAAAGAGUACAAAACUGCCAAAAAGGGUAAUAUCCCUCGACUUAUCUGAUAAUAACUUAACGACUGUUGAUGAAAAUGCGUUCGAACAUUUAACAAAACUUAGGUUUCUCAACUUAGAGGGAAAUCAGUUGAAAUAUUCAAAUUUCGAGAAACUUUUUAAAAGUCUGUCGUCCUUAGAGGUACUGAACUUAAAAGGAAACAGUGGCAGGCAAUAUAACAUAGCUUUUCCAGGAGGUGCUUUUGCAAAUCUAUAUUUUCUUUCAAUUGUAAAAAUGAAUGGAAUAGCAAGCACAAAGUUUGGAAAAAGUUUCUUGCGUUUAAAGAAUCUUAAAGUUUUAGAUAUGUCGGGAAAUGUUGGAAAUUGUAAUCUUGAUUAUAUCGAUUCGCAAAUGUUUGAAACUUUUCCAUUCCUUGAGGUUUUGGAUAUUUCCUACUGCAAUGUAAAGGAUACUGAUAAGGGAUCAUUCAGCAACAUGCCAAAAUUACAAUAUCUUAAUAUUUCCUACAAUCGCAAGCUAGGGUUUGCAUCCCUGCCUAAUGUAACAAAUAAUUUGAACAAAACUAGGCUAAAAUCUUUGAAUAUCAAUGGAAUAAAUUGCGUAGCCGGAGUUGGAACACAAAUAAAAUGUCAUCAUCUUUUUUCUCUUAAAUACACUAACCUGAAAGAAUUAUAUGUAGUCAGUAACCGAUUGGAAUAUUUUGCUCCAGGAGUUUUACGAAAUCUUCCAAAAACUUUAGAGAAAUUAUCGGUGGCCGAAAACAAAUUAACAACUGGGAAAUAUUACUUUGAAUUUAGCAGUUUAGAAAACUUGAGAGUAUACAACUUGCGAAGAAGUUAG